AGUAUAUAUUUUGCAAAUAUCAGAAUAACAUAUCAGAAUAAACAUGAAAUCUUUGGUGAUUUUAGUGAUUAGUAUUUCAUUGAUGACUCCCAGCCAUCAAAUAUUUGACAAAUUGUUAUACAAUGCUUAUUGUAGUAUUAACUUAAUGACAAAAUUACCGGUAAAUCCAUUGACUACAGUAAUUGAAGGAUAUCAUAACUCAAGCGGCCUAUUGUGUAAAGCAUAUUGUCGUUUACGAUCAAUCAAUGAUCAAUCAAUUAAUUCAAUGUCUUAUUAUAUAAUAAAUGCUCCCAUAUUUACCAUUUGUGGUUUCUUUAAAUUUUGUGUUAAUGGUGAAUGUUGUCCUCGUGAACCACAAAUACUUAAAAUCACAGAUCAUGGAUCAAAAGAUUCAGUAUUAUAUUCCUCCACUGUCACCAACAAACCUACCACACCCUUACAACCUAAUCCCAGUCCAGUACCAACAAGUCAGCCUAUACCUAAUCAACCUUUACCUAAUCAGCCUCCACCUAAUCAGCCUCCACCUAAUCAACCUAUACCUAACCAACCUAUACCUAACCAACCUAUAUCUAACCAGCCUAUACCUAAUCAGUUUGUACCUAAUCAACCUUUCCAACCUAACCAACCAGGAUAAUUGCUUCAAAACUAAAC